GUCAUCGCAGGCUCGAGGAUUGAUCAAGCAGUGCGGAUCGUGCGGACAGAAAGUGGUGGGACGCAAAUGCCGGGCUCCGGGCAGCGAAUCGAAUUUUCCGGCCGCACCGCACUCGGCUGACAUUGAGUCAGGAAUGCGAGGGGACUGCCGAGAUCAUUGACUGCAACCAUUGGACUCGCGUCUCCUUCAAAUCCCUCUCAUUCUAAUGAAUUCUACAUUCUCACAUACCCUAUAGACCAAUCCCUUUGCACAACGAUGGCGGAAAAAAGCGUCAAAGGCUACGUCUCCAUCUCCUCGCUGCUCAAACGGCUGUCGACCGUCGAGUCAACGAAAAGCGUCAAAGCAGAGGAGGUGGCGGCGGCGCUGGCCCUCGUCUUCACCGACUCACUCUCGCCCGUGCAGUUUGGACUGUUGCUCUGGGCGUUGCAUGUGCACGAGGGCGAUCAUCAUCCGAAAGUGCUGACGGCAUGCGCGCAAGUGAUGCGCGAGGCGGCGGCGCAGGUGAACGAGACGGCGCUGAUUGAUGUGGUGAAGCGCAAGGCGAAGCCCGAGGGCGCUUAUGCCGGGCAUCUUUGCGAUAUUGUCGGCACGGGAGGCGACGGACACGAUACAUACAACGUCUCCACCACUUCUUCCAUUAUCGCCUCUGCUCUCCUCAUGAUGGCCAAGCACGGCAACAACUCCUCCACCUCCAUGUCCGGCUCGGCAGAUUUGCUCCAAAACGCCGUCAAUCCCCCAGUCAUCGCGGCGACGACCAACAAGACCUUACCGCAGAUUUACGAAAAGACCAAUUACGCCUUUCUCUACGCGCGCGAAUGGCAUCCGGGAAUGAAGUACGCCGCGGCCGUGCGAAAGGAAGUUCCCGUGCGAACCAUCUUCAACUUCCUUGGCCCGUUAUCAAACCCCGUCCACGACACCGGCCUAGUCGAGUGCCGCAUUCUAGGCGUCGCAAGAAAAGACGUCGGCCUCAACUUCGCCGAGGCGCUAAUGCUCGGAGGUGCGAAGAAAGCCAUGGUUGUGUGCGGAGAUGAGAACCUGGACGAAGUAUCGUGUGCUGGCCAGACACAUUGCUGGUACAUUCACGAUCAAGGAGCGGGGGUGGAAAUUAGCAAGAUCAUGGUAUCGCCCGAGGAUUUUGGGUUGCCAAGACAUCCGCUGAGCGAGGUGCAUGGCGGUAAAGGGCCGAAGGAGAAUGCCGAGAUUCUCAUGCGGAUUUUGAAGGAUGAGUUACCGCAUGACCAUCCGGUGCUGCAUUUUGUGUUGAUCAAUGUCGCCGCGCUGUUGGCGGUGAGUGGGAUCUGUGAGGCAGACGAGAGCCAUAUGGGAGCUGGGGAUGACGGGAAGGUGAUCAAGGAGCGCGGGCCGGGUGGGCUGCGAUGGAAGGAGGCAUUACGGAGGGCGAGAUGGUGUAUCACGAGCGGAGCGGCGUUGAAGCAGUGGGAGGCGUUUGUGCAAGUGACGAACGAGUUGUCGAGGUGAGGAGGAUGCCGGGGGCGCUUGGGAAGCGUGCAAUCAAGACUCGCGAUGCAUGUCGGCGGCAAGCGACCGCAAGCGCCAACAAUGGAUUUUUAAGCGGCGCGUGCAAGCGGCGGCAGCAGCAGCGACUCGAGUUUUGGCGGUGAGAGCAUUACGCGCCGGCAGAAGAUGUACCCGCGACAUCUUGACACUGCCGGACUCGAGCUCAUGCGAGUGCAAUCAUGCGUCAUAAUUGCAGACAAGGGAUGAAUAGACUAUUUGUCGUGCCUUUGCACCGGGAAAGCAUGUCGGGUUAAGGUUUAAGGGAUCAACAGGGGGAUGCAUAAGGGCGAAGCCUGUGCCUGACCGGGGUGCGUGAAUUUGUGGUACGCGGGCAGCUCACGUCUGCAAAGCGAG